AUGAGCAAUUUAAAUUAAAAAAAUUGCGUUCAUCACAAUAGAGAAUUAACCUAUUUCUGUGAAUCAUGCGAAGAACCAAUCUGCAAGCUUUGUACUACCCUGGGACCGCAUAAUUACACUUUACAUCGAAUUAAUUCAUUGUAAGAGGCAUUUAAGAUGAGAGUUGAACAUAUAAAAUAAGAAAUAUUGCAUAAUAUUUUACCAAAGAGAGAUGAAAUAUUUGCUUAGAUUAAUAGAAUUGAAUAUAGAAUUCAGGAGAUCAAAUAUGUGAAAAAUAUUAUUGAGCGAGAUUGCAGAGCUGAAAUGAAUGGAAUAGAGGACCGCCUAAAUUAAGCUGAAUAAAUGAAAUAAACAAUUCUACAACAUUAAAUAUCAGUGAUAUAAUCAGAUUUAGAUGAAAUGAAUGACUUGGCAAUUUAGUUUUUUAAUUUGACAAAAAAGAAUGAUUACCUUGAAUUUCUAUUUGAUAGCUAGAGUCUAUUAGAUAGGAUUGAGUUUUUGAUUGCUAAACCUUAUAACAAAGGAAUAGAUGAGAUUCCGGAUGAUUUACCUCGAGAAUUAACUGACUUAAGAUUACUACUAGGAAAGAUGGAGGGACAAUAGCAAAUGCUUGAGAUUCUGAAUGAGAUAAUAUGGAGAAUGAUAAACGAAAGAAAACAAGAGGAGGAAUUAUCAUAAUAAAUAUUAAGAAGACACUCUGAGAAUGAAAUUAAAGAGUGGCAAAAGUUGGUAGAAUUCUUUACUGAAUAAUUGAAAGAAUCAGAAAUGAUAUGCUAUUUUUGUAAUGAGCCAUUAAACAUAAAAACAAUAAAUAAAAGUUGCAAGAAAAAUAAGGAUCAUUCUCCUGAGAAUUUUGUUGGAUACACAGUUGAGAAACCAACAGAUUAAUAGAUAGGAACCAAGAGACAUUUUUAUGGACACGCAGUUUUGCAAGCCAAAAUGCCAUAAUUAUAGGAAGAGAAAAAGAAAUUGCCUAGUGCAGUGAUAAUCGAGGGAAUUAUGUCGAAGAUAAAAGUUAGAAUCCAAGAUAAGUAGAUUAAACUAUUAGAAAUCUUUUAGGAACAUGAUAAUGAUAAGAAUGGUUUUGUAAAUGAGAUCAUUUUCAAUUAUAUUAUGCAAGAGCAUUUACAAUUGAUUGAUGAGGAGAUUGAAAAUAUAGUGAUGUUUAUGGAUUGCAAGAGUGAUAUUAAUUACAAUAUACUUUUUAAUAUGUUGAAAAGUUCAAAUUUGAUUUAAAAAAUGGAGGGCGAUUUAGUCCAAAAAUAUAGGCCACCAAAGAGUAAAAAAAGAACACCAUCCUAAAAUUGA